AUGAGCUUCCUCGAUAGCAUUAUCCAAGAAGAAGUGUCUAAAAAACGUAAAGUUUUAGACGCUGUUAGUAAAGAAAGCGGCUCUGACAAAAAGUUAAAGUACGUUAGUAGAGCCGAAUUGGAGCGAAUUCGUGAAGAGGAAUACAGACGUAAAGAGCAGGAGAGAGAGGAAAAAGAAAGACAGAAAAAAGCUCGUUUAGCAGAAGAAGAGGCCAAGAGAAAGGAAUCAGAAAAGCAGAGUGCAAAGGCAGAGGAAGGAUCCAAUGCUGAAGAAAAUGAGCAAGUCAUUGAAGCAUUCAACAUCUCAAGAGAGGAAUGUGUGCGUCGUCUCAGAGCUAUGGGCCAACCUAUUCGAUUGUUUGCGGAAACAGAUAAGCAAUGUAAGGUUCGUCUUCGUGCAUUAGAGUUGAUGAAUGAAGAAGCAGGGGAGCAAGGCCGCAAUGAGUUUAUGAAGACUUUGGAAGAAAUGGAAACAAGCAUGCGUCUCGAUGAACUGAAGCAAAAGGGUGGUGUCAGCGAAGAAAAGAAAGUAAAAAAGCCAGCGCUUGCCGUAGAGCCUAUUCAAUUGGAAUUGAUCUCGAAGGAUAUUGAUAGACUUUAUUCUCAAAUCUACGCCUACUUUGCUCAUACACUAGAAGAAUGGGAGGAGUAUAUGGCAGCACGUCCAGAGGAGGAAAAGAGAACUGGUCCAGGCAAAAGAGCAGCCGUAUUACAAAAACAAGCAGCAGAAUACAUUAAACCUUUGAUGCGUCAACUGAAAAAGAAGACAUUGGAACCAGAUGUGCUAGCUCGUGUUGCAGAGAUUGCUCAGAGAAUGCAAGUGAGACUUUACAGAGACGCUCAAGAUGCCUAUCUUCAAUUAUCCAUUGGCAAUGCACCUUGGCCUAUUGGUGUUACUAUGGUUGGUAUUCACGAACGUUCUGCCCGUGAAAAGAUUUCUUCUUCGCAAGUUGCACAUGUACUCAAUGAUGAAGCUUCCAGAAAAUGGAUUCAAUCUGUGAAACGUUUAAUGACAUUUGCUCAAACAAAGUAUCCUCCGUAUACUCUUAGUCAAAUUUCUUAA